AUGGCCGAGCAGCUUGCCACGAAGCUGCGGGUGCCCCCGGAGAGGCUGGAGGCGUUCCUCGAGGUGUACGAGUCGCAGGGCGAGCGGGGCAGCCACCGCUGGGAGGAGCUGCUGGCCAAGGUGCGGAGUGGCGCCGAGGUGCGCGAGCGCAUCGCGCAGCGGCCAGAGCUCCUUGGCGCGUACGCCGGCGCGGGCGAGCGGGCGCUGGCCCGAGCCAUGGGCCGCCUGGUCUUCUGCGGCAGGUACUCCGCCAAGGCCGGUACGGACCUGGACGAUGCCCUGGACGCCGCGUCGGCCGGUCUAGCCGCGGCGGCGGCGACGGCGGAGCAGCACCCGGGCGGCAAGGUGCCGAUGUUGCUGUGCCACGGGGUCUUCGGCGACGAGCACGCCGCAUGCCGGCGGGCCGCGUACCCCUAUCGGCCCUCGGUGUCCGCCUCGGCGGGGUCCAGGGUCAUCGAAGCCCGCUGCGCGGGGACCGAGGCCGUGGAUAUGGGAGCGCUGCUCGGCUAUGUGGCCAUGCAGGGUGGGGGCUACAUCGACGACAUCUCGGUGAGCCCCGCCUUCCACGGCCAGGGAGUGGCCGUGGCGCUCAUUGCGGGCGCCGCUGCUGUAGAGCUUGCACAGGGCAGUACCACGCUAGCUCUCGACGUACGAGCGGCGAAUACGCCUGCGAUCACGUGCUACAAGUCCCUCGGUUUCGCAUUCGGCCCUCUGCGUCACCCCGGUUUCCUGGAUUGGGACGGGGGUUACGAGGGAGAGGCCGACGCCAGGACGGUAGCAUCGAAGCUGCCGCCGCACGCUGAUCUGUCGAGAUUGCUUAGCUGA